AUGGUACGAUUUGGGGAUUUAGACCUGAGACAAUACUGGGUCUCGGCCACAUCUGGCUUUCUCCCAGACACAAACCCCUUGGGGAGACUUCCAGAUCCUUUGUAUAGUCCUUGGGAAGAUAUCGUGAAUGACUUACCACACCUUAUCAAGACCGACACUCUCUGUGAUGCAGUCGACAGUCUCCCGGUACUUUCAACAGCAAAACUUCGAACGGAGGAAGAAUGGCGUAGGGCAUAUCUUAUCCUUGGCUUCCUCUCUCAGGGAUAUAUUUGGAGUGGCAAGGAGCCGCGAAAGAAACUACCUCUAUCAAUCUCCUCUCCUCUCCGAAACGUCUCCUUACACUUCAAAAUAAGUCCUUGCGCAACAUUCGCUACGUACUGCCUCUGGAACACAAUCCUUAGAGAUGAGGGAGACCGCGCAAACCCUUCAUCCUACUCCGCCCAAAUUACAUUCACAUCGUCGCACGAUGAAGAAUGGUUUUAUGCCAUCUCCGUCGCAAUAGAAGCCCAGGGCGCUCCGCUCAUUCCUCUAGCGCUCUCCGCCAUCGACGCCGUGACGAUUCGCGACACAAGUACCGUUACAUCUUUCCUCGAGGCAUUUGCUACGUGCAUGGAUCGGAUAUGCGAGAUCCUGGCGCGGCUCGACGAGAGACUCUCUGCAGAUUUCUUCUGUCAUAAGCUCCGGCCCUUCUUAAGGGGCAGCAAAAAUAUGGCUGAGGCCGGGCUACCGGAGGGGGUGUUUUAUCCGACCUGUCGAUGUGGGAAGGGCGAGUGGGUGCAAUUCAGCGGGGGGAGUAAUGCGCAGAGCUCGCUGAUUCAGUUUUUUGAUAUUGUGUUGGGGGUUAAGCAGGGUUGUGGGUUUUUCAAGGAUAUGAGAGACUACAUGCCCGGCACCCACAGAGCUUUCCUCUCACUCAUGAUGGAGAUAUCGAACAUCAGGGACUACGUACUGAGCCACUGUCCCAAUUCUGCCAUCUACGGGGCAUAUAACAAAGCCGUGGCAAAUCUUGGCGCUCUCAGGGAUGCGCAUAUUCGCGUUGUGGCAAGAUAUAUCUUUAUCCCGAUGGGAAAAGGGAAGUCCAUGCCAAUAUCAGCAGUACCAGGACUCAACCAGCGCACGAAGAUAAAAUGCACGGGAACCGGUGGUACUGAUAUCAUGCAAUUUCUUCGGGCGUCGAGAGAUACGACGAAGUCUGCUUGUAAUGGGACGGCUCAACGGCCCGUUUCAGAGGUUAAGGACAUAAUACUGACCAAGAAGGGCCAUGUUGCUGUCAGCGAGACUACAGCGAUACACGAGGGCGAAGAUAAAAAGGUAGCCAUUGAAAGCUUGGUUCUGUGGCGUUCCCUCUAG